AUGGUGGGACACCUACAUUUACAAGCUAUGGAUGAUAGUCUGAAAGGAAAGAAUCGGGAGGGACUGCUUGACAGUCCGGAUUCGGGACUCCCUCCGAGUCCAAGUCCGCCCUUCUAUUCGCUGUCUCCAGGUCUGCUCGAGUCGCGCUCCGGGAGUUGUACGACGCUAGUCGAGAACCAUGGAUACUAUAAAAAGGAGAGCAAAGGCAAACUGGUAAGCAACAGUUGAAAACAAAACAAAAAUGAGUUUACAAGUGCCGCUGGCUCUGCGCAUUGUGCACAAUUCUGCAUAAAAAGUAGACACAACCCCUGAAUUUGUAUGUUCAAGACCAGAGAUAAAUGCAGCUAUCUACUCUGAUGACUACUGUUAAACCAUGUGUCAGUUGCUUUAACGGUCAUGGACGUAUGUCUAUUACUGUUUUGUUUUGGACAGAAACAUGCACUACCAUAUUGCCUACCUACUCCUAAACAUCUGGUAGUCCUUUUACUGGAGGAAUUCCACUGGUGCAACGCAUAGGCCUAGACAUUUUCUGAUGCAGCAUUAUCUUUAGAAAUCAAAUAGCUUAAAUGGAUUAUGACAUGUCUUCACAGGAAUAUUGCUUGGAUUCCUGAAUCUCAAACAAUUAUAAACAAGUUGUUAAAGUUAAUGGAUCAAUUAUUGAUAGGCCUUCCCUCAGAUCACAUAUCUAGGAAACAAAUGGGUUUUAACCAUUUUUAAAGGACUGGGUGAAAGAGAACCAGAAAUGAACUAGGUUUCUCUGCAGUAAUGUGUUUGUCUGUAAAAAUUGUCAUCUGUAAUAAUUAACUUUCCACUGCAGAAAAGCGAAGCAGUGUUCAAAACACCCUGUUAAUGUUUCAUAAAAGGGAUAAGCAUCAACCUGUGUCCUUUCCAAGAAAAAUAGAAAUAUCUCAGAAAUAUCAAUUAUAUUGAUAUUUUCUUGUCUCUUGAGUGAAUAUUUAACAAUAUAGAGUCAAGGAGGAACGUUACAAAAGUCACAGAGGAUGUCAAACAUCUCUCUCUCUGUCUAUCCCAUUCAUGAUGGAAUACUUUGUAAGUCAAUGGCAGCCCAGGGUUGAAGUAACCCAUAGAAACAAACAUAAGUUUCAUGUUUUAUUAGUCGUAUGUAUGGGAUACACCGUCCAAUGAAAUGCUUGCUUAGCAAUGGAAAUGGGAGAGGGGACAAAACAGUGUGAUUGUGAUUAGCUCCUUGUGUCUGUUGUGGUCUCAUUACUCUCAGGUCAAUCCACUCUAGUCGACCACACUGCUUCUACUCAUACAGUAUAAAUACAUUAUAACCUGGCUGUACCUUCUCACGGCAGCCAAUGCCAGAUUGGAAACCAGACAGCCCGUAUAGGCACAUGCUUUGGCUUGAAAUCCCCAACAAAUAGAUCUGGUGUGUCUAGUGCCUCACACUUGGGAAAGGGCACAUUAUGUUAUUAUACUGAACCAAAAUAUGAACGCAACAUGCAACAAUUUCAAAGAUUUACUGAGUUACAGUUAAUAUAAGGAAAUCAGUCAAUUGAAAUAAAUAAAUUAGGCCCUAAUCUAUGGAUCUCACAUGACUGGGAAUACAGAUAUGCAUCUGUUGGUCACAGAUACCUUAAAAAAAUAAAAGUAAGGGCGUAGAUCAGAAAACCAGUUAGUAUCUGGUGUGACCACCAUUUUUCUCAUGCAGCCCAACACAUCUCCUUCGCAUAGUGGCCUUUUACUGUUCCCAGCACAAGGUGCACCUGUGUAAUGAUCAUGCUGUUUAAUCAGCUUCUUAAUAUGCCACACCUGUCAGGUGGAUGGAUUAUCUUGGCAAAGGAGAAAUGCCCACUAACAGGGAUGUAAACAAAUUUGUACACAACAUUUUAGAGAAGCUUUUUGUGCGUAUGGAACAUUUCUGGGAUCUUUUAUUUCAGCUCAUGAUACAUGGGACCAACACUUUACAUGUUGCGUUUAUAUUUUUGUCUGUGUAUUUGAUCAAGAAAUGCAAUUUGUGUAAUGUUGGUUAAGAAGAAUAACUUUCGUUUUAUCAAUCUUUUGCAAUUAUGUGAGUGAAGUGUAGUAAUCCCAUUGAGGAACAAAGGUUGAUUCUAUUAAUAAUAAUUACCAAGGCACUCUUAAUUUCACUGUCAAAGGAACAUGUUCAUACAGGUCUAGAUGGCAUUUUUAUGUGCUUUUAGCCAGCAGCCAACUCCACAUACAGUAUAUGGGAGUUGCGUGACACUGGUUUGUUGAGGCCUGAAAGGAGAUAUGGUUCUAAUCCCCUGGAUGUGGGGACUGGUGGAGCUCCCCUGCUUUGUGGUUUCUCCUCAUAAAAGCAGCUUUGAUAGGGGCUGAUUCUGCUUUUGGUUCCAAUACCUUUCAUGGGAUUGUGUGUAUGUAUGGAAAAAAUCAACCCAUUCCAUUAGAAAAGGCUUUCAAAGCAUUUUUAUGUGAGUUUGGGCUGUUUGCGUUUAUAUACAGUAUGUGCAUGCUUGGCAGUGGCAGACAUUCAUGCACUUGCAUAAACAGUUUUUUCGCAGUUCUAAUCUUGUGGUGUUUUUGUAUGCUACCUAAGAACAAUCCCAAAGUUAUAUUUUGAGGCAAACAGGCUUGCAAGAGCAGUUGCAGGCUGUUGCAUAAGAGUUUCAUGACCUCUGUAUUUGAAUUUAAACACAUGAAUACACACACACACACACACUAGGGUUGUCACGAUACCAGUAUCGCGAUACUACAAUACCUGAUUUUCCAUGGCAAAAAGGAAAACACAAGGCAGACUAAACUCUUUGUAUCUGCUGUAUCUAAAAUAUUGUGUGCUAUAGCUUGGAAAAUAAACAUGUGAUUCUGGGUGACAAUGUAAGGCUGCUUGUUUCCAACAGGACUGUUUUAAUCAAUACAUUUAGUCUGCUUCAUGUUUUGUUUCCUUGCCACGAUACCUCUGAGUAUCACGAUACUUGUAUCGUGACAACACCCACACACACACACACACACACACACACACACACACACUGUGUUGAAAUGUAGUUAUUUUGUGGUUACUACUAGACACUGAAGACACUGAACUUGACAAGUAGCACGUUUUCAACAGAGGGAAUGACUAGCUCUUGUGCUGACAACUGUAUCCCCUUGAGUAGACAUUACCUUAUUUCACAGUAAAACUCCUACAUUAUAUUCUGGUUAUUAGACUGUUAUAGAUCAAUAUGAUUACUUUCCAUCUCCCUGUCUCUUCAUAACCACUUUGGUACCUGAGCUAACAUGGUUUUUGGGGAGGCUGUAGAUGAGUCCCUCUCAUGGGUCAGUGUUCCAGCCCAGUCAAGGAGCUAAGUCAGGGCUAUAACUAUCAAUGGAUUAGAGUGUAGGACCGAAAGGAGACCCGUGUCAUUAGGUUCUUAUUCCAGAUUUAGAGUUGAUAUUGAUAGUGAUGCUGGAGCUUGACAACGUCUACUCUCUCUACUCAGUCAGCAGUUUACUGUGUGAUGAUGAUGGGCAGAGUUUUUCCUGACUCCAGGUCCUCGUGAUCUACCUCAAUUGUGUGAGAGUUGCACUUUGAUUGUCUAUUGUACAGUAUGAAAAUGUAUGCACUCACUAACUGUAAGUCGCUCUGGAUAAGAGGGUCUGCUAAAUGACUAAAAUGUUUUUAAAAAAUGUAUGUAGCCUGUACUUGGCUGCACACCACAUUGACUGGGUGGGUAGAGUUGUGCUUCCGGGGAAUGAGUUCCGUAUGUGUGCUGGUGCUGCCUGGGUGCAGUAGAUGGAGGGGCCCCUAGCCUGGACACUUUCAAAGGCUGCCAACACAUUCAUUCCCCUGGAUAAACAGCCAGGAUGCUGCUCCUGCCAGAGCACAGAAGACAAGUCAAUCACACUCUUUUAAUUUGAUGAUGCCACACUGUGCCAGCAGCACACAGUGUAAAUUAAUCAAUUUACAGGGAUUAACAGCAGUGAGGGUAGCAUGGUUAUUGGUUACACUAGCUCUCAUCUGAGUGAGAGUUAUAUAGCCAGCAGAGAUGAAGUGGGGGUACAGUACAGUGGGGGUACAGUACAGUGGGGGUACAGUACAGCCCUGAGUGAGGUUUUGUCUGGUGCUGAUUUGGGGCUUUGGGUAAGACGAGAGCUGUGUGCGGCACAGUGAUUUGGGCGGCACCUCUGCUGUGCCUUCGGCCUGUUCCGAGCUGUUAGGGAGAGGUGAGGUUGGAGAGACUUGCAUCCAAACCUUAACAUGUGACAACUUUGCUCUAUCUACCCUUUUGUAAUGAGAGAGAGAAAGAGGAGGAGAACGCGAGAGAUGGCGGGAACAGAAUGAUAUAGUUUAAUCAGGACGUUUAUGUUUGGAGAGGUACCAUAAUUACACAUAAAAGCAUCAGUUUUACAUCUUAAACUCUCAACAAAACGUGUAUUGUCUGGAUGGCAUUAUGACUAGAUGGCAUGUUGACUGGAUGUCAUGCGUGCCUCUGGGCUUAGACAGCAGCACUGUAUAGAGUUGGCAAAGGAUUUAGAAUUUGCUAACUGAUUCCAGAAGCGGUAGCUACAGUGUAUGGCUUGGUGGCUCUGACUUUAUUGGUCUCUAGGCAGAUGGUGGGACAGGACAGUGGAGUCCCUAUGCAGAGGCCUUCUCAUAGCGUCUCUCUGUCAGAAUGAUGGGUGUAACAAGUUAACCAAGCCUGGAGCAGAGAAGAGAUCUAACACUUACAAAUAAUCUACUAGAUUGUAUUUGACCCUCUGAUUUCAUGGUCUAACCAGGUUGUCAUAUCCUAUGCUGUGUUCUACUGUAAUGUAUGUGAGACAAACUCUGAGAUGCAUACAGUACCCUAAGGUUGACAACACUGACUACAAGGCUCCAUCCAUUUACAGUCAAUUGAAAUCAAAUUAACUUAAACAUGUAUGUGACCUCUCUGUGACAGGGGUUGUUCUAUAGUGCAGACAGACAGUAGCCUCUCCUGUCUUGGACCACCAUGUCUGCUGUUGGCUGGACUGGAGGCUCUCUGUGGGGUGAUUUAGUGGAGGGGAGCAGAGCAGAGCGGUUCUGAUGGUUUGAGCAGGUGGAGCAGUGACAGUACCCAGGUCCAGGAGACACAGAGGCGGCAGGGACGCUCUCAGCUAGCCCCCUCAGUUACACAACAUGCAGGCAGACAUGCCGGCUGGCUGACUGGCUUUGUAAGUUCUUUCUGAAGCAUACCACUAGGCUGCUGUGGGGGCUCAGUGAAAAGAGAUUUACAGUGACUGUAACAAGUCAUAUUGCCUUGUUCCACUAUGUAAUUAUCUGAAUGAAAAAAGGAAGUGGUGUACUAUUAUUUUUGCUACUUGUUGUGUAGACACCAACUACUCUUUCUAGCCAGGCUUUGCUCAUCUAUUGUAGCUGUGUUGGGUGAAUGCUAGGGGAGAUAGCACAGAACUCCUCAUGUGGGAGUUCCUGUCCUGUUAUAGGUGUAUUGAGAGCCUGCAUCUUUGCCAGCUAAAUAAACUGUUCUCUAUAUUAGGUAGAGAGCACUAAUAGUGUAUCAGUAGUGGGAUCUCACAGGACAGUCUGUGAUGACACCUACUCUUGCCUGUAGAAUGGAUUCUGCCAGCUCACUUCCCUCUUCAACAUGUCAAGGACAUUUCCCCUCACCGCCAGUAGGUUCAUGUUUACACAUUAAGGGGUAAUGUGAUGGAUUUAUAAGAAUGGCCUCCCUAACCUCAUACCUAUAUCCUCCCCUAGCUGCCGUACCUUCUCCUGAACUCAACGGGGACGGACCCGAGGGCACGCAUGUACCCUGUCUUCUUUGGUGAGAGCAUCGAGGUCAACCCCAAACCUGAAACGGAGAUCAAGUAAGUGACCCUUCACCAAACCACUCAAAUAAUUACUUGCUAUUAAACAAGCAUUUACUGUAAUUUUUAUGGAUUUAUGUAAUUUGGCUUUUUAAUGUACAGGUUGAUGCAGUAGGCUUUUUGAAGGCAGCUUUUCUCUACCCUACUCAGUAUUCACCUCUUAACAGUGCCAUAUAGUGAUCAGCUUCUAUACUAUUUCCUGCCUAAUCUAUUACUUAAUGUAUUGCUCUUCAAAGUACUUUGGUGCUUCAACACUUAAUCCCAUGUUUUUGGUUCUACUCUCCAGGUGUAACUCUGAAGUAAAGUACGACUCAGACAGGCACUACCGGGACCAGGUGUACUGUGCUCCUGUUCCCACGGUGACUUCCUACAGCGAGAUGGUGGUUGCCGUGCAGAACUGCACCUGGCGGCGCUACAAGUCCCAGGUGUACCUAGAGCCACGUCAGAGGCCCCUGCACUACCAAAGCACCACCAUCGUGUACCCCAAACACGCCAAGAACACUUACCGUACCACGCUCAACUACAACGCUACGGGCUCCCAACGCUGGUUUGUCUCCACCGUCCAGCUGAAGUCCAGUGAGGACAGCAGCCCCUGCAUUCUCUACGCUGAGGACCUCUAA